AUGGCUAGUUUGGUCUCUUCUCCUGGUCCUUUUUUAUGCCCUACAGCAAUUUUCCUAAUCAAUAUAGAUGCAUACAACAGCAGAUUGCUGCUGCUAUACCUGAAUUUUUGCUGUUUGUGUGUAGCCAGUGAUCGUUUGCUGUUCCCUUUGCUGUGGCGCCAGCAACAGCUUUGUGAUGUUGUUCUGUCUGUUGAUGGGCAUCAGUUUCAUGCUCACAAGAUCGUUCUGGCCGGUUGCAGCCCUUACCUGAGGGCUAUGUUCACUAAUGGUAUGCUUGAGUCAGAUAAGGAUUGGGUAGAGAUCCGUGGUACUGACCAUCAGACCAUGGCAUUAAACAAAAAAUUCAUGUACUGUGGUUCAAUAGAGAUCACUGUUGAAAAUGUGCAGACAAUACUGCAAGGGGCCAGUUUGUUGGGAUUGCACUCUCUGAGAAACUUAUGUGCUCAUUUCUUGCAAUCACAGCUCACAGCCUCUAACUGCUUGGGUAUUCACUAUUUUGCUGACAUGUACACAUGUCUAGAACUUGAAGCUACCGCCCGCCAUUUCAUCUAUCAAAAUUUCCUAGAUGUUAUCCGUACAGAGGAAUACCUACAGUUGUCUGAAGAGAGACUUUUAGAUUUACUCAGCAGUGACAAACUUCAGGCUAUCAAAUUGACACUGCUUGACAUGGAGUACCUUGAGAACAUUGUCCGUCAGUCUGAAUGGGUUCGUGACUGUCCAAAGUGUCAAGUCCAAGUAAGUAGAGCACUGCUUAUGAAACAGGACAAUAAGGGCCUAGAACUGAUCACACCACGGGCACAGCCUCCAAGUAUAUAUGUGGUUGGUGGACGUAAUAGUAUUGACUCUCAACUUAAUAGUGUUGAACGAUAUGACUUUCUUAUGGACCAAUGGUCAAUGGUGCCAAGUAUGAACAUUGCAAGGACAGCAGUUGGUGCUACCAGCUACAGUGGGAUGUUGUAUGCAGUUGGUGGUGAGUGCGCAAUGCCUGACAGUCCGGAUGAUACCCUUUAUUUGCGAUGUGUUGAAUGCUAUGAUCCAAUUAUCAAGCAGUGGGUUUUCAAGGCAGAACUCAAGAUUGCUCGAUCAUUUAUUGCUAUGGCUGCUGUUGGUGGAUAUCUAUAUGCUGUGGGUGGAGAAGACAGGUCAUGUAGUUAUAAUAUUGUUGAGAAAUAUGACCCACGAAAAGAUGUAUGGAUGUUUGGACCAAGUUUAAAACGGAGAAGAGCAGGAGCUGGUGUCACAGUUUGUGAUGGAAAGAUUUUUGUGGCAGGAGGUUAUGAUAAAUCUUUACAUAUGGACCGAGCUAGUGUAGAAUGUUUUGAUCCAGAAACUGAUGAAUGGACUUUAGUUGCUGAAAUGGAAAAACCCCGGUCAGGUUUAGUGCUGAUGACAGUUGACCACUUUAUUUAUGCCUUUGGUGGUCGAUGUCGACAUACAGACCGAUAUUUUGAUAUUGUAGAAAGAUACAACACAGUAACACGGCAAUGGAAUAACAUCACGCCCAUGAAUACCCCCAGGGCAUGGCCCGGUGUCACAGUAUUUGAUGGACGGAUUUAUGUACUUGGAGGUUUUGAUGGGUCAAGCCGAUUACGAACUGCUGAAAUGUAUGAUCCAGAGACUAACCGAUGGACGUAUAUAAACAGUAUGAUAACUCCGCGGGCCGGAUGCAGCUCAGCUGUAGUAUGA